ACAGCCACCAGGGGGAUAAACAGUGGUUUCUCUUGCCCCUCAGGGUCAGGGGCCAGCUGUUCCGAAGGAAGCCAGCCUUUCAACUGGCCCAGACGGUUCCCACAGCAACUCGGAUGGUAGGUCAGGAGGCCAUACCCUCUCCGCCUACGAACUCGGGCAGCCUGAAGAUGGCUAAUUACACGUCCGCACCAGAGGAUGAUUAUGAUGUCCUCAUAGAAGACAAUCUGAGUAACGACGACAUGGAGACAUGCACCCCAUACGAGCCCAAGAUGCUCUCAGCCCAGCUGGUGCCCUACCUCUACACCACGGUGUUCACGGCUGGCCUCCUGGACAACAUCUUGGUUGUGCUUAUCGUGGUAAAAUACAAAGGACUCAAGCAAGUGGAAAAUAUCUAUUUCCUCAACUUGGCAAUUUCUAACUUGUGUUUCUUGCUCACCUUGCCGUUCUGGGCUUACACGGCCUCACGUGAGGGGGUUCUUCGUGACCCCCUGUGUAAAAUUCUCGUGGCACUCUACUCCAUAGGCCUGUACAGUGAGGCAUUUUUCAAUGUCCUUCUGACUGUGCAAAGGUACCAGGAGUUUUUCCGCAUGAGAAGGCUUUUCUCGGCCUGCAGGAUGGUGGCUGGCAGCAUCUUCACAAGUGCUCUGGCGUGGGUCACAGCCAUUCUGGUCACUUUGCCUGAACUUGCUUUUUACAAACCUCAGAUGGAAAGCCAGAAAUACAAGUGCUUCUUUACCAGACCUCACUUCCUACCAGCUGAUGAGACAUUCUGGAAGCAUUUUCUGACCUUAAAGAUGAACAUUUUGGGAUUUCUUUUGCCCCUGUUUUUUUUCGUAUUUUGCUACGUGCGAAUGAGGAAAACACUAAAGUGUGGCGUGAGGAACUGUGACCUUUUCAAGCUUGUUUUCACCAUAAUGGUUGUUUUCCUUCUGAUGUGGGGACCCUACAAUAUUGCACUUUUCCUGUCUGCUUUCAACGAACACUUCUCCCUGCAUGGCUGUGAGAGUAGUUACAACCUGAACAGAAGUAUCCAGAUCAUGAAAAUCAUCGCCACCACCCACUGCUGCAUCAACCCUCUCCUCUACGUGUUUCUCAACAAGGCAUUUAGGAAACACCUCUGCCACCUUUGCCAUCUGUGCAGUGACACCGCACCUCAACCCACUGAGGAACCUGCCCAAGGCACAUCAAGGGAAGAAUAUCACCUUUCCACUUAAAUGUAAACUAGCUCCUACCAA